AUGGAUUUAUACGAUCAACCCCACUACAGGACAACUAAGAACUUUGCAAUUCUCAUAGGUCGAUGGCCUUAUCAGUCUCCCUUUCAGAGCGUAGUAAUACUCGUUGUUAUCUGGACUGCCUUCAUUCUGCAAGCGAUCCCUCAAACCAUAGCGAUUAUCAAGCAUUAUGAUAACCGAGCGAUUUUACUCGAGUGCCUACCGGCUUAUGCGAUGGACAUUGUGAUGGCGAUAAAAUAUAUAAACCUCAUCUAUAACGCAGAAACGCUAAUGAGAGAGGAUUGGAAAUUGUUGAAAAACGAAGAGGAAAAACGCAUCCUUCAGUAUCACACUGACAUUGGACGACUAUUGGCUUCUGUUUACGCAGGAUUUGCUUUUACGACGACGGGUAUGUUUGUCAUGGAACCAGUUUUGCCGAGGAUUGUCAACAAAAUUAUUAAAUCUAAUGAGACAGUUCCACUGAAAUUUGCUCUUCCAUUAGAAUACAUUUUCUUCGAAAAGGAAGAUCACUAUUGGCCGAUGCUUACUAUCACUAAUAUUUUCGCUGUCAACAUUAUUGUUGUCAUAAUAUCUUGCGACGUUAUUUUCAUAACUUGCAUUCAACAUGUUUGUGGGAUAUUUGCAGUUAUAGGAUUUAGGAUAGAAAGUUCACCUACUGGUGGAGCAAGGCUGAAAGACAAGUAUGGAGUAAGCGUUAAAUCGAAUUUGCAGGAUCCUACUUACAAACACUUGGUUUCAUGUAUUAGGAUUCACAAGAGAGCUCUUUACUUAGCUGACAUUCUUGAAGAAACUUUUACGCAGAGUUUUGGAGUUGUAGUCGCGUUAAAUUUGCCACUCAUGAGCAUAACUGGCUUGCAGCUGAUUACUCAAUCUAAUACAGUGGAACAAACAAUCAAGUUUGCUUUGUUUGCUGCUGCGCAAAUGAUGCACCUAUUUUUCGACUGUUUUCUUUCGCAGAAUCUGACAGAUAUGAGCAUUGAAAUUCAACAGUGCAUAUCCAAUGUGAAAUGGUACAAAAAUUCAAAAGAAUCACAAAAAAUACUACUUUUGAUGUUGAUGAGAAGCCAAGUGCCCUGCAAAGUCACUGCAGCUAAAAUCAUGGAGUUAUCUAUUGAAAAUUUUGGA